UUACUGAUUUUGCUUGUAAUCAGAAGGAACGUAACCUCAAAGAAAUCCUGGGAAUCAGAAUUGUUAAUUUUAUUAAUAACGAACGUCAAAAGCGUAGUGUGAGCAAGCAGAAUUAACAAAAGCGAACAUGCCGGAUCAUCUAGGAGAAGAUAUGCGGAAGGUGAAGAACGAGGAGGAGAAAGAAGAGAAGGAGAUAAAAUCACUCGAUGAAGGCGACAUCGCUUUAUUGAAGACUUAUGGUCAAGGACAAUAUACGAAAAGUAUUAAGACUGUUGAAGAGGACAUCCAAACAAUUAUCAAGCGUGUGAAUGAAUUAACUGGGAUCAAAGAGUCUGAUACCGGUCUGGCACCACCAGCACUUUGGGACUUAGCAGCUGACAAACAAACUCUGCAAAAUGAACAACCUCUGCAAGUGGCACGCUGUACCAAAAUCAUAAAUGCAGAUUCUGACGAUCCAAAAUAUAUAAUAAAUGUGAAACAGUUUGCAAAGUUUGUAGUUGACUUGGCAGAUUCUGUAGCGCCAACAGAUAUAGAAGAAGGUAUGAGAGUAGGAGUAGAUCGCAACAAGUAUCAAAUUCAUAUUCCUCUGCCAUCUAAAAUUGAUCCUACUGUGACAAUGAUGCAAGUAGAAGAAAAACCUGAUGUUACCUAUAGUGACGUUGGUGGCUGCAAAGAACAAAUUGAGAAAUUGAGAGAAGUCGUCGAAACGCCACUAUUACAUCCAGAAAAAUUUGUCAAUCUUGGUAUUGAACCACCAAAAGGUGUUUUGUUGUUUGGACCUCCAGGCACAGGAAAGACUUUAUGUGCUAGAGCGGUAGCUAACAGAACAGAUGCCUGUUUCAUUCGUGUUAUUGGUUCAGAAUUAGUUCAGAAAUAUGUUGGUGAGGGUGCUAGAAUGGUAAGAGAACUAUUCGAAAUGGCACGAAGUAAAAAGGCAUGUUUGAUCUUCUUCGAUGAAAUCGAUGCCAUUGGUGGUGCUCGUUUUGAUGAUGGUGCUGGUGGCGAUAAUGAAGUUCAACGUACUAUGCUGGAAUUAAUAAAUCAAUUAGAUGGAUUUGAUCCGCGAGGCAAUAUAAAAGUUCUGAUGGCGACAAAUAGGCCGGAUACGUUGGAUCCUGCACUAAUGCGACCGGGUCGCUUGGACAGAAAGAUAGAAUUUGGUUUGCCGGAUCUUGAGGGACGUACGCAUAUUUUCAAGAUUCACGCUCGUUCCAUGAGUGUCGAGAGGGAUAUCAGGUUCGAAUUGCUCGCUCGUUUGUGCCCUAACAGUACAGGCGCUGAAAUACGAUCGGUCUGUACCGAAGCUGGUAUGUUUGCAAUCCGUGCACGACGUAAGGUUGCAACGGAGAAGGAUUUCCUCGAGGCAGUUAAUAAGGUCAUCAAAUCAUAUGCCAAAUUCUCUGCAACACCAAAAUACAUGACCUAUAAUUAGAACUCAUUCGCAAAACG